AUCCGAAAGAACACUUUUUAUUUGAAGCACUGAAGGAAUGUAAAAAGUUUAACGAUAUAGGUGUUGCGGAGAUGUUGUAUAAUGUACGGGAAGAGAUGGGCUACAACUACAUCUCUACAUCAUUCUUUGAGGACGAGAACUUCUUUGGUACCCUGCUUAGAAUGUAUGCUUUGACAGAGAACUCUGAUAAAUUGAUGGAAUUCUACAAUAAAGAAAAUACUUAUAAUAGUUCUUUAACUUUUCCUGUUAUACUGGCAGUUUUAGAUAACAUUGAAACACACAGUGCAUACCAGUAUUUGCCACAGCUUUGGGAAGAUCUAGCUUACUAUGUAAAAUCUAAAUGGGUAGAUAAAGAUUUACUGCAGAAAUUUCUAGAUAUGUUUGGAGAUUACAAUGACAACCAAAAGCUUAGGGAAGACUUUGUUCUAAUAGCCAAGGAGUUGUUUGAGGAGAGCAAAACAACAAGAAACCCUGCAAUUGAAUUUACUGAGAUUGGUAAUCGACUAACAAGAAUAUUUGUCAACCAUAAGAACCUGGACUUGGCUUGGGAGUCUGCGAUGUAUAUUUAUCAGAAUGGAAUGCAAGGAUUUAUAAAGGGUGAACUUUUGAGAGAUGUGUUAGAGAUGUCAAUUUUAGAGAAAGAUGUUCCUAAGAUAAUGAGUUUCUGCAAACUGCCUAGUGAAGCAAAAGAUACAAUGGCAGCUGCACAGGUUAUAUCUGACAAUAGAAAUAUUUUGAUAGAAUGCCUUGAUGAUUCUGAGAUGAAAGAAUUGGAAGAAGUCUUUGAGGUAUAGCCACACUCGAAACUGUCUUUAAAGAGUUGUUGUAUCACAACGGACAUAGUUCAAUAAGACGCUGAUAUUUAUCAACUAACAAAUUUAGCAUACUACACUUUUGAAAGUUGUCAACAUGUUUUUAUAAUGAUACUUUGUUGGUUUUGUUACCUUUGUUGGUAAGAAAUGACCAUUAUGAAAUGAAUAUAACUUUAUAAAGAAAAAUAAAUGUUAUAUAAUGAAAAGUGUUAACUGAAAUGUGAUGUGUAUAUUUUAUAAUAAAUAAAGAAACAAUUA